ACGUGGUCUGGUGUCGUGGGUCAGCCCUGUUAGCAAAAUGGAGUUGUCUGAGUCCGUGCAGAGGGGGCUGCAAUCCCUCGCCGACCCUUCCUCCUUCGACCAGAGCAGCUUCCAGGCUCUGGUCGAGGUGUCUUUCCGAAGCCUGCUCUCGUCUCACUCGGACCCGGGAGUCCUGGGUGAGCUGCCGCCUCUCCGUCUCCUCCUCCCCGCCGCCGCUACCGCUGCGUGCUGCUUUUGUCUCCGCUGCAGCUUCCUGUUCCUCGCUCUCUCUCUGUGUGUGGAUAUGUUUAAGAGCUGUCUGGAUGUUUUGAGGCUUUUUCACGGCGCCGAUGCGUGCUAUGAGACGCUCUAAACCGGUUCCCCCGUGUUUAUAUUAAGAUCUCCAAUGAGGCGGAGUGGUAGAGCCGAGCGUCUGCAGGGCUAAAGCGAGCUUAGCUUCCUCUGCUGCUGCUGCUGCUGCUGCCUGCUUUACAUUCAGCAGCAGUCACAAUCACACGGGUGCCUUUUGUUAUUUAAACUGCCAUCAGGUCUGCUUCGCACAUUAGAAAGACUUUAUCAGAGCAUUUCGAUCACUAUUAGUCAAAUCUGAUGUGGAUUGCUGCCCUGAUCGGAGGUCUUUGAACGCAUCAUCGUGCUGCGUGCGUCUAAAUCUUGUGGUUUUUGUUUAUUUUGGAAUAAAAACAAAUAAUCCAGCAUGGCAGAAGACUUCAUGCAAUGAUAAUAAAAAGUUCUCCCCCUGUUGAGGCUGCUCAGUUUGUCUUAAAGAGCAUGUGUUGUCCAACUUCUGCAGCAGCCCGGCUUUUUUUAAUGGUGGAAUUAUUUAGAAAGAGAAAUGUCCACUAUGCAAACAAACAAAGGACCCCCGGCUGAUGCAGCUGAGGGGGUCCAUUCACAUGCAAAUCAUGAUUGAUUUCCAUUCUGCACGUCAAUCUGGAGAGCCACAGUAUGGAUCGCAGGUCUCCAUCAGUCUGCUGCUUCUCUCUCUCUUUCUCCAAAGCUGAAUGUUCAAACUGCAGAAGCGCAUCCUCAUCACUCCGUUUGUUUCUGUGGUUUCAGAUCAACCCGAGCUGAAGCACAUCGACCAGAUCCUGCUCAAACAGACUCACACUGCGGCGACCACCUUCAUUCUGGAGGCGGUCAAACACAACUCUGACAAGUCCACGAUAAGGUAGGAGACAUCAGCUGGUUCAUGAAGGCUUCCUGUUUGCUACACAGGCUGGUGGUGGAUUUCUAAGAAUAUGGGAAGUGGUCUUGCAAAAACGGAUCAUAUCACACACUGUGGCAGGUUGUUUUAUGAGCGCUUUGUUUGCACUCUUUCUUUUAAUACAAAAAACACUAAACAUGACUUUAUAAUCCACUGAGAUCACAGCUGCAAAUCCAAUUCCUACACACUCGAAAUGUUGUCUAAUCUCAUUUAUAAAGAGGUAAAACAACAAGAAAAAAAAAUGCACGGGUUAUAACCUGAAAAGGCUGCAAGCAGUGGGUUGGAUCAGGUGGAUUGAAAAAUGAAUAAAGUCGUUUUGGUCACAGAGAGUUUGAGAUGAAGCCUGCACUUCACUUUUGUGGAUUUUUAAAGCUGCUUGAGGAUCAAUAAUGUAGUCUGAAGUUGAUGCAAAACAUUAGAAUCAUGUUAGAUAUGAGCCUUAUUCGUCUAGAAUAAUUUUAAAACACUGAAAGGACAAUGUGCAAAUUUAACACAGUCUCAGAUAACUGUUAAGAUUUUAUUGAGGCAAACGUGCAGGCAUGCAUCUGUAUUACUAACCACAAAAAAGUAGCCUGUAAAAGUUGUUCAUGCUGUUUAUUUUUCUCCCUCUCUUAGCAAUAAUCCUGCUUUUAGGGUCACUUUGUUGUUUUGUUCAUCCUUGGACAGUAAUCUUGAACAUCUAAACUCUGAUAUUUUACUGUAGGACUGACCUUUUGCUACCCUGAAGAGUACAAAAAACAAGUGAUGUGCAUCUGAAAGCUAGUGUUUGUGCGCCCAAGACUGUGACAGAUUUAAGAAUAACGGGAAACAUGGUGAAUGUAAACACACUGCUGAUUUAAUUGUGGUUUUGGUCUUCCAGCUCCUGCCUUGAAGAGCUCACACUAAGUCCAGAAAGAAUAGAGAUAUUCUACAGCGCAUAUCAGGUGACUGAUGAGUGACAGUGUUACAUUUACUAAAUCUGUUUAUGACAUUUGCGUGUAAAAACUCACGGAUGCUCGUUGUGUUUUACAGAAGCAUAAAAAGGAGCUGGAGCGUCUUUUGGCGAGGUAAGAGGAAGAGAUUUAUGAACUUCUGACAGGAUUAUUUUUAGCAGGGAGGAUUGACUUAUUAGAAACUCAUACUCUCUGAAUGUGAGCGUUUUUCAUUUAAUAUUUCUACUUUUAACCACAUCAAAUGUGGAAAAACGCGCACUUUUAGGAGGAGAAUGCCCAAGAGCGUAAAUUGAGCGAAAUGACCAAAAUUGUGCAAAAAGCAGCAUGGUGUUGUUUUGAAUGUUGACCAAGUUAGAGGGUCUUCCAUUUUUUAAAAUCAGAGAUGAAAAAGUGUGAUCAGUGUAUGCUGCUCAUGAAUUAAUAAUUUGUGCAAAAAACAUUUGUAACUCCUGCAAAAGACAGUCUAUGGAGUGAUGCGUAAAAUGUGUGCCAUCUACCUCAAAAUGUUGUGUUUUUAAGUUUGCAGGAAUAGUUUAAAAGGAUCACACUCGGUUUUUUAUCAGAAGACAUCACUUUGAUCGAGUGUGCCUGCAGCAGAGAUAUCAUGAACUCCUUGUAUAACUGAUCCUCCCUGUUUAUUUCCGUCUAAUCUGAGCGGAUUAAGUCUUUUCUGUCUCCUUCCUCCAGCAUAGGAAGGUGCCCACCUCACAUCACCGACGUGUCAUGGCGUCUGCAGUAUCACACGAAGGUACCUGAGACGAAUUCUUGCUUCGUAUUUUCGUGCCACCACUUCUUGUCUUAACUCAAACGUUGGUUUCUCUCCGCUGCAGAGCGCUCAGGUCGAUAAGGUCAACGAGCCUUUCUACUCCAUUUCACUCAACACUGAGGUGAGACUCACACACAUGUCAUGUCUCUGCGCUUUCAUGCAUCUUCUUCGCAUGUUGGAGUUUUUUUCAUCGUGAUUAUUUUUAUUUUUUAGAAUGGAGGAUCCACGGAAAAUAUCAACUUCACCUGCACGACCGAGCAGCUACAGGUAGAAGAUGCACUUUAUGUCGACUUUAAAUCAUUUUACAUUCCUCUGUCUCCAUUAUCUCUCAUCAUAACAGCCGUACUACGCCUCACCAGCUAUAAACAAAAAUGAAAGAAGUUGAUUCAUGAACUUGUGGUGAUCUCUGUGGGGAAGUUUUGUCCUCCUUACACAGGGGGAAUUCCACUGAAAACUUGAAUAAUUGUCUGUGUUAUCUGCGCGUUCCGCGUAUUAAAAUACAAGACUUUUCGUUGCUGCAAAUAAACACAAAUCAUGGAAUAAACAGAAUUCGCAGAAAGGGAUGGAUUCUUUAAAAGGGUGCAUUCACGAGAGCUUGAAUAACAUGAAAUGAGGCCACCCAAACCCCUGUUAAUUCUGCUCAAUAAAACUUUUUACGCACUGUUUGUCUUGUUCAUUUUUUUGGCAAGUGGAGCCGAAUUAAUCGCAGAUAUUUUAUUGUGGAUUUUUUUUUUCUGCAGAACAUGUUGCUGCGUUGUCAUCCUCCUCUUUGACUUUGAUCAAUUGUUUUGCAGGAUCUGGUGGGAAAGCUCAAAGACGCUGCCAAGAGUGUGGAGAAAGCCAGUCAGAUGUGAUGCCGGUGUCCCGUUUCCUCGCCUUUUCUGCACCAACUUCUGCAGCUUCCAGCUCCGCUUCUCAUCUCUUUAUAUGUUCUUUUAUAUACCUCACAUUGACGUGCCAUAUUUGAAUAUAUGAGACUGAUCAUUCCAGGUUGUGUUUCAAUAAAAAAAGAAAACAAAAUCCAGGAUUCUCUUUGAGUAAAACCA